CCUGACUCCGUCUCCGAGCAUCACAUCCACAGUUUACCUGAUCAUGGUCACGGAAUCUUCAGCACUGCCAAGGAGAUUGAACAGCACGCAGAUCGGAUGGAUUUGAACGACGAAUCUUCAGAGAGACUCGCAUCAUGCUCAGGUGAUCUUUUUUAUAAUCAUGGAGGAGAGCAAUAGCUGUGAAGCAGUCCCAGAUUUAAAGGAUCUGGAGUUGAAAGUGGGGAGAAAGACCCCAGAGGGGCUAUUGAAAUGGAUGAGAGAGGAGCACAAAAUUAUCUCUCAUCAUCGGACUGACAGUAAUGAGACUGAGAAGAAGGGCCUGGAUGAGAAGAUCCAAAAACUUAAAAUGGAGAUGGCUCAUCUACGAGCAGCAGAUGUCAAGAUCUUGAACCAGUUGCUAGCGCUUCAUGAGGGCAUCGAGGCAGUGAAAUGGCUUCUGGAAGAGCGUGGUGCACUCACUAGUCACUGCAGCAGCCUGACCAGCAGCCAGUUCAGCUUAGGGGAGGGUCAAGACACCUCAUGGAGGGGCAGCUGGAGCAGUCUGCAGGACCCCCAUGACAAGCUGGACAACAUUUCCAUUGGCAGCUAUCUGGACACAUUAGCUGAUGAUCUAGAUGAGUACUGCCCUUCUAGUGGGACUGAUUCAAUACUCACUGCCACCCCUUUGGGGACAGAUAGCUCCAGAGUUACUGGAGGAGGAGUGGGAAGUUCCACUGGAUCUGGAACCAGAUCACCACAAGUCAAGUCAGAUGCCCCUAAAGAAGAAGCUCAGGUUUGGAAUAAAGCAUCCUCUGAUACAGCGAGACCGUACCAGCCCAACAAGACCAAUGGAAUCCUGGACAAAGCAGUGAAGCAAAUGGUCAGACCAGAUUCACCCAGGGCUUUUCUCGCUGAGAAGCUGGGGAAGAAUCUGAGCCCUAAAAUGAAAGCCUACAAGAAUGGCAAAGUUGAGUUGGAAAGCUGCAAAAUUAAUGGCAAAGUUCAACUGGAGUAUGACGCACACUGGCGUUGGGUGCAGUCACAGGAUGAUGUGACGUUUUUGUGAUAAUUUAUGCAUGAUCGAGCCAAAGGUGUUUAUGGGAGACUCCUCUGGUUCUCUAUUCACAACUGAGCUUUUGUUUGUAGACUUAGAUCUUUGAUUCAUUUGAGGCCAGCUUCUCAGAUCUCCUGAAAGGACAGACGUUAAGAGGUCAGCAACGGAAGAGAAUCAGGAAUGGAUGGAAAGAAGAAAGACCCGUGGGGGGUCAGUGUUUAAAAAUCCUGAAUUACUGACAGUAUACUCUUUGUCAGGUUAUGUUGAUGUUUAUGAACGCAUGUUUCAAAUGUAAAUUUCAUGUGAUAUCAUAAUCUUUUCUGUAAUGGCAUCUAUUGAUUCAGCACAACUAUUAAUUGAGUCAGUAAUUCAGGACUUUAUUGAAUAUGUCAGUAUAUUUAUUUCAUUGAAAUGAUGUAAUUUCAAUUCUAUGGGCUUAGAUCAUUUUAAAACAGUUCUCAGAAACAAUCAAAAUCCACAAAAUUCAUCAUUAUCUUUUUUUGCAUACUACCAUAUAUGUUUUUAAAAGAAUUCUCCUAUGCUCACCAAGGUUGCAUUUAUUUGGUCAAAAUACAUAAAAAACAGAAAUAUUAUGAACUAUUAUUACAAUUGAAAGUAACUUUGCUAUUUCAAUAUAUUUUAAAAUGUAUUUACUUAUGUGACUGCUGAAGUUUAAUAUUAAUCCUUAACAUUUUUGUGGAAACUAUGAUAAAAUAUUUUUCAGGAUUCUUUAAUGAAUAGAAAGUAAAAAAAAAAAAAUAGAGCAUUUAUUUGAAAUUGAAACCAUUUGUAACAUUACAAAUGUCUUUACUGUAUUUCAAAAGAGUGCACAAAUGCUCACAUUUUACAUUUCCUUCAUAUUUUAAAGUGAACCAAAGUUUGUUUAGCUAAAACAAUCCAAAAGCUUGAAACCACAGCAACUUAUUUAGUUAAAAUCAGAUUGAAUAGAUUUUUUAUGCUGUCUGACCAUUUUGUUUGUCCUUUAUGCUGAUUACAGUAUAGACAAAAAUUAAGUGCAGCGUUUGCUCUUAAACUGUAGGGAAUGUUUAAAGCAUGCUCCAUUUGAACACCAAAGUCCAGUGUGUUCCUUUGAGUUAACAUCUAAAGGUCAAAGAAUAAAUCCAUUCUGAAUACAAA